AUGCUGCUCCCACACGACCAUCCAACUCAUGCCCCCACCAUCCGCACCUUACUGCAAGUCCCUCCCUCGCAAAUAACAGGCCCAUCCGUCCUCCGCGGCCCCUUCUCCACAAACUCGACAUCCAUCUCAUCACCCUCCUCCGCCCCGGAGCCGCCCUGCGCAGCCCCUCCUCUCCCUCUUCCUCCUCCUCUCUUGAUGUUGCGUCGCCGGCGCACAUACGCCGCCGUCGCGAGCCCGACGACGACGACAGCCACGCCGACGCCGAUACCCGCCUGGGCGCCGUUGCUCAGCCCGCUGGACUCCGGAUCGGGUGUGCUCAUUUUUUUCGGAUUCGUCAACGCCUCCAACAGUCCGUGGAACAAUCGAUGGGCGGAAGAUCCCUAUUCAACCCCGAUCGAGUGUUAUUUUACCCAUCCGGACUCGCCAUACAUCGCACCGGUCUUCCGGACAUCUGAGAGGCAUAGUUUCCAAAGCUGUGAUAUUUAUCCCAUCAGCGACCGCGACUUCUCUGAGAAACUCACACAGCUCCUAAACACCUUUUGGAUCGUCAACAUUGCUCCUCGGAGCGGAAUUGGUAACUUCACAUACGGUGGACCAGACUCAAUCGAUGAUGUUGUCCUCCGGCAAAACGCAACGGGGACGAGGACUCCCGACCGAAUCGUGACCAGGACCGACAUCCCAUGGCUCAUCGUUCUCGUCGUGGCCUCGUUGUCAAUGCUCUCGGCCGGUGUAGCAGCCGCCGUACUCGGCGCACUAAGGCGCGGGCCAGACGUGCUGGACCGAGCGACCAUCUUCCUGAGAAGCAACCCCAACGCCGAGCUUCCUCAGACGUCGUCCAUGGAAGACGGGAUCGAGCAGGCGCGACGAGUGAAGCACGUCAGAGUCUGCGUCGGCGAUGUCAAGUCCCAGGAUGACGUCGGAGAGGUUGCUUUGGGCACUGUCGGCAAUCUGAUUCCGUUGAGCUGGCAGAAGGACGGUCGGGUUUACAGCUGA